GCACGUUCCAUAUACUUACUACAAGACUGACGGAUGCCAGUCCAAACACACACAGACACAGAUAUUAUAGAUGACGACGAUGAUGACGAUGACGACCAACCCUUCUGUCGAGAAAGGCAUAUGAUCGUCCAGUCGUUCGAUUAACUCAACAGCCGAGUCAUUGAAGUAGCGUGUAAGCAGCAGAGUAUUUCCACAGACACGUGCACUCUUAACGUAAUUCUCACUUACAACCAGCGUGAUACAAGUAAGAAAGGCUGGACCUUUGAAUUUACAGUUCACGUUUUGGCAGCAACCUGGCAGCAGAUUAUUUUGGCCGAGUUUGUGGAUAUGGACGCUCUUUGGACGGAUAUCAAAGCUACGAUUUGGAGUGAAAAGUUCUGGUUCCCCAAGAAUUUAUCAUGGGAAUCCUUAGAAAACAAAGACGACGGGAUAUAUCAUCCACAACUUGGCGACUUAUCUUUAGCUUUACCCAUGGCAUUGUUCCUGUCGAUAUUUCGGAUUUGCUUAGAAAGGUAUCUAUUCAGCCCAAUAGGUAGAACACUAGGUCUUAAAGAAGAAAAACAUAUUCGAAUUAUUCAUCAUGAAGCACUGGAGAAAGCUUUUAGGUUACAUAAAACUCCAUGUAAUGGACUUGUACAGGGAUUAGCAAAGCAGACAGAUCUAAGCAUUCGUCAGGUGGAAAGAUGGUUCAGAGGUCGACGGAAACUAGAAAAACCGAGUGUACUGAAGAAAUUUGUGGAAUCUGGAUGGCGUUGUACAUUUUAUUCUGCAAUAUUCGUUUAUGGAAUGGUGAUGCUUUUGGAUAAAGUCUGGCUGUGGAAACCUGUUAAUUGUUGGAUAGGCUAUCCACAUCAUCAUGUGAGCAAUGAUAUCUUCUGGUUUUACAUCAUAGAGAUUGGCUACUACAUCUCCAGUUUGGUGCUUCAUUUCACAGAUGUGCGUCGAAAGGACUUUUGGGAACUCUUCAUUCACCACAUUAUAACUUUAUUGUUGCUGACUUUCUCAUGGAUUCAGAAUAUGAUCAGAGUUGGUACUUUGGUGCUAGUAAUUCAUGACACUGUUGAUCCCCUUGUAGAGUCUGCUAAAAUGGCGAAAUAUUGUGGCAAGCUAGUUAUGUGCGACGUACUUUUUGUUGUUUUUGCUAGCACUUGGUUUAUUACAAGGCUUGUGAUAUUUCCAUGGAGAAUUGUAUAUAGUACAUUGUUCUUGGCUCAUCCAAUUGUUGGUUUCUGUCCUGGCUGGUAUAUAUAUAAUGGCUUGCUGCUUACACUUCAGUUUCUCCAUAUAAAAUGGUUUCUUAUAAUAUGUCGGGUUGCUGUUUAUGCUAUCAGAACUGGAAAAACAGAAGAUCUGCGGAGUGAGACAGAGGAAAAUGUCAGUGAUGAUGAUAACCAUGUUCCUGUUACUCAGAAGUCUGGCUGAAAGCUUACUACAACAGAACCACCUCCUAAAAAACUUUAAAAUUUGCCAUUCUCAUUUCUGUCAUUACCUCUUCAACCACCACCUUUACUGCAAUUCCUGGCCAACCUUUACUAAUUCUAACAUUCACCCAAUUUCUCUUAUAACUUGAUUACCUUGAUACCUUUUCUUUCUUUCUUUUUAUUUUUUUAACAUCCUUUCUUUCACCUAAUACUAAAUUUUACCCACCAUCACUAUCUCUGUUGGUAGUGUUUGAAAUACUCAUCUAGUCUUUAAAUCAGUAUUAGGUAACAGGCCAGUGCUGUUUGCUACACAUUUAGUUAUAAAAAAAAAAGUUUGAUUUCAAUAGUAUGCUUUUUUUAAAUUCUUAGAGUAUUUCGAUUAUUUAACUAAACACUUUAUUUGAUUAUAAUUAUAUAUCAUGAAGAAAUUUUUUUCUUUCUUUUUCUUUUCAAAAUUUGAGAGAACAAUAAUACAAGAAUAUUUCUUCAUUUGAGUGUUUGCAUUGUUUUUGUUUUGAAAGAUGGCAGAAUUUGAUUUGAAUAUCUAAUAUUAAUAGCAUAUCGUAUUGUAGAUAAGUAUUCACAAUGUUUAUGCUAUUGGAGUGCCAUGUCAAAAACAGCUACGUUAUUGUGUGUUGGUAUGCAUGUGGAUAUGUGUCUGUGAGAAAUAAACUUUGAGCUUAAAAUCCAAACUGAAAAUCAUAUAAACAUAAUUGUGUUCUUUCUAUACUGUUUUGUUAGCUGACAUAUAUAUAUAUAUAUAUAUAUAUAUAUAUAUAUAUAUAUAUAUAUGGCUCUGCUUAUAGUACCUUCUGUUUGUAGUAUUUAAAUGUUUUGUCAUGUUACAUAGUCACUAAGGUACUGGGAACAAUGAUUUAAAUCUAAAUCAAUUAAAUUCAACCAGAACUGCUUUCAACACUAGAAAAAUACGGUAGGAUGCAUUAAAUAUCUCUCAUAGAAUUUAAACUCUUCAAUAGUUAUAAUGUGACAAGAUUUUGUAAUAAUAGUUAUUGUUAAGCCAACAAAUCAAGAGGUUUGUAAGGACAUCAACUCAGAUUUGCAAUAUCCAAAAAGGUUUUCACUAAUGCCAGCCACAUUCAUGGCAUUUUACAUCACUGAAACCACUAAUUCUCUUGAGUAUGGCACUGAAUAAAUGUUGGCUUCUUUUGAAGAAUCUCUCUAGAUUUACAACCGUUUUCCUCAUUUGGCUUGUUGCUUUUGUUCCCUCUUUAGACUUUGGUUUGUGUUUCUGUCUAAAACUGACACAUUACUACUCUCCAUGCAGCUUGCACUACUGCUGCUGUAAGUAAUUUGCUAACUCAUUCAUUAUCCUGGACAAGUUCUCUCUGCUUUUUGCUUUUUUUUUUUUUUUUUUUUUUCCCCCCCAAUUUUUUUUCUUUCUCCAAUAACAAUGUACUGUGACUUUCCUCCAAAACUUACUCUUUGAUCGCAGCAGAGAUGCUUAG